UUCGAUCGAAUAAAAUGUUUAGUUUCAAAAAAUUAUUUUUGGCGAAAUUCCUGCAUAGCUAAGACGAAUUUUUGUUCUUGUCACAAUAUCUAUUCGCUUUGCUCGCUAGGGGCCCUCCAAAUCGUCGUCAGCCUCCUUACGAUUUUACAUACUUCGUUUAUAGGUUUUUAUCGCCGUAACUUUUGUUAGAGUAAGAAAUUUGAACGCAUCAUACUUUUUGCAUUUCCAAUUGUUGAUGAAAGAUAUCGAAUGAAAAAAACCAAAAGUCUCUAGUAGGACGGGAAAUUCCCAAACAUUCUGACGACUAAGCGAGCGAAUGAGUCAGUCAGUGUUUGGUUAUAUAGUAUAUCGAUGAAUGAUCCCGUAUUGCAAGCAAAACGAUAGUAGCGCUGUACGGUGAAUGAAGUUUACAGAACUUUUAUGCUUUGUUAGAGUAUCCCAGCCAUUGUCACAGGUAUUUUCGAACCUGACUUACAUUAUACGUACAUACGAAUAUAAAAUAUACGUGUCGCGUGUACAUAAUGCAUAUGCAGAUUAUGAUCGUGUUUUAUACAAGUACGUAUUUACGGUUGUGAUACGGAGUAAACAUGACGGAAAUUAGAAACGACACUUGUAGUAGCGAUGGAAACGAAACAAUUGCACGGGGGCGGUAGGGUCGUGUAGGAGUUAAAGGGAAGGGAAAGGAUGCGUUCGAAGAAACGUAGAGUGCGCGGAAGAAAAUGUAUAAUCUUGCUUUACAUAACCUAUACUAUUGGGAUUCGAUUUAUUGCGAGUUUGGUGGGUUCGAUGCGUUUUCUAAACAUCCACGGAUCUGUCUGGAAUAAUGACUGAAGACGCAUCGGUUCGAUAGAAAAAAGAGUGAUGUUUACCAACUAAGAAACAGUUAUAGUUGGUUUCAUUGAAAAAGUUGGUGCACUUAUACGACUUUAUGCAACGCUUUUCGAGAAACGAGCGACCGAAAGACCAAAGUACAAUGAAAUAGUUAUGUUGCCUUCGACCGGUUACUUUAAAGCUAUCAAUUGUCCGUUUUACGAAAGUGGAACGUGCGAUAGACCUUACUGUCAUUUCAAGCAUUCGAAACGAGAAGAUGUUGGGGUUACCGCGGAAACAUCCGAGGCGGUGGAAAGCGGUACUGCGGGUCAAGUUCAGGAAUCAAAAUCUUGUACGAUGGUAUCAUCCGGUUCGGACGUUUUGCAAAAAUUAGUAACGGAAGCUGUUAAAAAGGUUCUCGCUAAUCAAGAUGCGACGAACGGUGACAAGUUUUCCUGUCAGAAUGUCGUUUCUCAGGUAGUGGAAGGUCUAACGCCGACAUUAACAUCCGGAUCAUCCGAUACUUUGGAUACCGUGGCGACGAAUACAACGGAGAAGAGGGUAGAUCCGUCAACGUCGCUCACUAAACCGGUUCCAUGCGUUUAUAAUCCCACGCCCAUCGCGGAGUUGAAGAAGCGACAUAUACCGAUAGUGUCCUAUAUGCCUACCAGGGAAAGCAGAGUAGCGGUAAAACGUAAAUGUUCUCCGGAUGGAACGAAACCAUGGCUAGCCAGAGGUUGCGAAGCAGUGGAACCACCUCGAACUGGUGAAAUUAAAUAUAAACCUACCGUGAUAACCAACUCUGAAAUUCGAGAUGCAACGCACAGUUACGUACCUACGUACAAAUCAGAGUCAGCUUCUACGUAUUUCUAUAACGAUGAGAGUUCGAAUGACUAUCUGUUUAAACUUAGGGAACCGUAUUAUCCAAAGUGUAAAAAAAGGAGGGAGGAGUAUGUUCCGAAGAAAGUGAAAGCUCCGUUAAAAACUUCUGAUGGAUCGAACAAAUCUGCAUUGGAUACAUUUGAAGGAAGCUUCGAUACAAUGGGCGAAGCAUCGGUACAUCCCAAAUCUAUUUCCACGAUUCCAUCUAGCGAGUCGUUUCAAUAUCCUCGUUUAGACGUGGAGCCAAAGUUUUCUGACGAUGACGACGUCGACAACGACGACGAGGAUGGCGGUGAUUUUGGCGGCGGCGAAGAUAAAGACGAGGCCGAUGAUGAGAACGAAGGCAAAGAAGAAGAUAAUGACGGUAACGAUCGAAAAGUAAAUAAAAUUGUUUCAGAAAAUGCUGAUCGUAUACCGGUAGAAGGGAAUGAAGUUUAUGGUAACGUUAGGAGACUCGAACGUUUAAAUAAGGGACACGAUGCGGUGGUAGAUACGUGGCCGAAAAUAAACGUUGUAAAGGAACGUGACGGUGAUGACGACAAGAGGAACUGUAACGGGAAAAUAUCGAGAAACAGUAAUGUUUCGAAACAAGAGGAAUCAUUAAGGGAAGAAAGUACGAAAUUGUUAGCGAGCGAAGGAAAAAAAGUAGCGGGAGUAAAUUCGGAUAGAGAACAUAAAAGGAGAGAUAAGUCUAAAGAAAAAAAUGUAAAGAGUCGCGAUAGUUCUCAUAAACGAUACAAAGAGAAACACGAUUCGAACGAUACGUCGCGUUCUGCGUCUCAUAGUAGAAGUAAAAGUAGGAGUCGUGCGAGACACGACAAAGAGAAAGAAUCGAAAGACGCGAAACGUGACAGGGAUAAAAGUAGGCACAAGGAUCAUAAAAAGCAUAAAAGCAAAGAGAAAGAGAGAGAAAGGGGCGAAACAAGACACAGAACUAGUAAGAGGGAUAAACGAGAAGAAGAUUAUCAGGAAUCGGGGAAACGCGACGAACGCGAAUCGAAGAAUCGUUCCGGUUCACCGAGAAGGCAGGAACGCGUCGAGAAGAGGAAUUGCGAGAGCAAUCAUUCGAAAACAAAUCGAAAAUCUGACGAUAGGACGAGUGGAAGAUUCCGCGCGCAUACGGAUCACAAGAAAAGAAAAUGUUCGACGGAUAGGUCAGCGAGCGACGACGAGGACGAGGAGAACAGCAAUAAUCGUAAUAGUAUCGUGGACGUGGACUUAACAUUUAGUACAUCCGAUUCGGAUCACGACGUACAAGAGGAGUGCCUAAAAAUAUUUCAGGAAUAUCAAGUAUCGGAACGGCCGAAAACGACAGAAGCAUCGAAAGAAUCUUCAUUGUCGAUUCACGAAAAGGAACAUAGCGAAGAGGUUGGUAGGAAAAGAGUGGCGCAUCCUUCAGCGGCUGUAUGCGUUACCAGACACACGGGGGUUAACCAGCAAGGAAAAAAAUUGAUAAAUCCACAACAGAAAAUGUACGAAAGGUGGCGUUUGAUGCGAGAAGCUCUAGUAAAAAAGACUACUUCUGCGAGUGGUGGCGUUGGUGAUGGUGGUAGUAGUUGUUGGGUUGGUGGCGGAGGAGAAGAAGGAGAAGGAGGAGGUGGUGGUGGUGAUGAAGGUACCGGUGACAAUUGCGAUAUCGAUAUCAAUGCCAGUACCGGUAUCGAUCACGAUGGCGAUCGCGAUGGCGAAGACAACGGUAGUAGUAGUAAUAGUAACGUUACCAAGGAUGUACCUCGUAAUUCCGUGGAAACAAGAAGAAAUAGAUGUAACAACGAACUCAAGCUGAACGGAGGAAAUGGUCGAGUACGAAUCGCCCAUGUGCCGUAUGGGAAAUCCUUAGCGAUAGAGGGGAAGAAAAUGAAAGAAAAAGCGAUAAAACUGACAGAAACUAAAGUGACGGAUAACCAAAAAACAGCUGCGCAGACGGCCAAGAGUGGCUUACGGAUCGCUCACGUUCCACAGGUGAUUCCACAAUUGAUACGACCCGAACCGUUACAAGUGGCUACGCAAAAGUUUCCUUUAAAUGUUCGCCAGUAUUACGUGAAUAUGAUGCACGACAUAUGCGUUUCGAUUUACACGAAUGCCGAAGAUGCGGCGCAACGCGCGGUUAAAGAAGAACACGCUUGCCACGAAAGAUGCAAAGCUUUAGCCGUUUAUAAAAAUUCUUGUAUGCUUGCCGCGCACAGAUUAAAGAAAGAAAUUGAGCAGAAUCAAUCAGCGACGGCAACGACAUCGGGUAACAGCGUAGUGUCUCACGAAGCGGUACUCGCCGGAAAAACAAAGGGUUCUUGGAGUGUCAUUAAGACGAAGAAAUGCGUGACAGACUUUAAAGGGGUAGCACUGUACGGUAUGUUGAAGAAAUGGAUAAUGACGGAACAACAACUUCGAGAUAACGGAUUUCCUCGUCCACAUCCGGAUGGUCAAAAGGGUCGUGCGAAAGUUUACGUGAUCAAUUCUCGGAAUCAGAGUGUCUUGUCGAAAGUGCCUAACGAAAGAAUUUGUUGCCGAUGCGGUCAGACUUACAUGAUCAAUAAAUACGGAUUUGCAUUGCAACCACAAAAUUGUAUAUAUCACUGGGGUAGAAAAUUCACGAUCAGAGGAGAGGGUAAAUACAGUUGCUGUCAACAGUAUGGUUCAGCGACCGGUUGUUGCGUCGCGAAGACCCACGUUUGGGAUUAUACCGAUUACGAAAAUCUUCGUGGUUACGUGAAAACUUUGUCAAAAGGUACACCGGCCGAAGAACAAGGAGUUUACGCGCUAGACUGUGAAAUGUGUUACACGACGCAAGGAUUAGAAUUGACGAGAAUAACGAUCAUCGAUGAAGAUUGCAACGUAGUGUACGAGGCGUUGGUCAAGCCUCAAAAUCCCAUAAUCGAUUACAAUACAAGGUUUUCUGGAAUAACGGAAGAAAGCAUGAAGGACGUAACAACAACAUUAUUGGACGUCCAAGCAACGAUAUUGACGAUGUUCUCGGACAAAACGAUAUUGGUGGGUCACAGUCUCGAGAGUGAUUUCAAAUCUUUGAGACUGUUACAUGACACAGUGGUCGACACGAGCGUCAUGUUUCCACACAAGAACGGAUAUCCACAAAAGAGAGCAUUGAAAAAUCUUUGUUCCGAAUAUUUGAGAAAACUCAUUCAAAAUGACGUCGGUGGACACGACAGUAAAGAAGACGCAAUGGCAUGUAUGGAGUUGAUUCUUUGGAAAGCGAAAGAAGAAGCGAAGUUGCAAUAAAACGACGCUUAACCCGAAUAACUGUUCGAUCCGACCUAAUCACGUAUUUCGUUCCAAACAUUGUACUUUACUUUACGUAUAAAGUACACGAUAUACGCGUGUCAGCAAGUUAAUUAUAGAAUCGAUUGUCAUGUAAUCAUCCGAUCGUUCGUUCGUUGGUAGAUGAUCGAAAUUAAUCGCACGCAAUUCAUACUUUUAUAAGAUUUUGUUAUUACAGUGCUUUGGAUGUUUGGAAUAGUUCGGAUGUCUCUAGCGAACAUUCGUAUCACACUCGUUGAACACAAGGGUCGAGUAAGGCGAAGGGUAUCGGCCGCAGCGCGUCUGUUUCUUUGGUUGUCUUUAAAAUUCUACAAGAUGUAAACUUAUUUUUGGAAGUUAAAACUCUUGCAAUAAAUAAACUGGACUAUUUUGUACA